CUUGUCUGUGGUCAGCUGGACACAACGCUAGCCUGAUAAGUCCCACUUAGCCGGGCGCACGAGUUUCAAUGCUCCAACCCAUUCUAAGAUGAAGUUAUGGAAAGCGGUCAGUCCCGCCCUCCUCAUUAGUAUCAUCGCUGUACUGCUCCUGCUCACCCGAACCAUGCAACCUGCAGGGUCCACCUACCCCCAGACACCGGCCGGGUCUGCGAGUUUGGUACCGACGUCAUCACCAUCACCAUCACCAUCGCUAUCAUCAUCAUCAUCAUCAUCAUCACCACCGCUACCAUCCCUGCUCAGAACAAGGGGUCUUCGGCGGGUGGAGCGAGCGACAGAGGGCAUGGGCUCCCUCCUGACAAAGUUGUCCUACCUGUUCCAGAGUUUCACCGAAGGCAAGGUGCAGAGGGUCAUCGGGACGUUGGUGGAGCGGCAGGGCGUGUCGGCGAGCAGGCGGGGCCGACGAACAAGACGGGCGAGGAAGGAACCGCGAGCUUGCUCGCUGCACGAGGUGCAGCUGACGGUGACCGAGCUAGGCCUCGGCUAUGACAGCGACGAGACCGUGAGCUUCCGCUACUGCAGUGGCUGGUGUGAUGGCCGCCGCCGCAACUAUGACCUGGUGAUGGAGCACGUGCGUCUGGGCGAGGCGUCCCGCAGGAGGGCCGGAAGGAGGGGCAGGGCCAAGGCGGAGCCAGCGCACCACGGCCCUUGCUGCCGGCCAAUCAAGUACGAGAAGAAGAUGUCGUUCUUCGACAACAAUGAAAGGUUCUUUACCAUCAAGAAUGUGUCAGCCAAGGAGUGUGGCUGUGUGUGA